AUGGGCUGGCCUUUGGUCUCUAUUGGUAAGGGUAAGCCAAGUGUAACCUUCAUUACAGAGGAAGAUGCACAUGAUGCGUUUAUUAGCUACGCAUCUAGUAGAUGCUGUUACGGACCUGCACCGGCUCGAGAUGGAGUCAUCACCAGCCUAAAGCCCUUGAGCACCUACAAGGUCAGCCUGUGGAUGCGUGUAACCAACGUGCUCCAACGCUAUGGAAUAUCAAAGCCCCAGCACAGGCUUUCUUUAAGGAUCAAACGAAGUACUUUAGAGUGCCGUAUACCUCCUCUGUCAAGACCUGCCAUGUCUGUAUGGGGAAAGGAAACACCCGAUGCACAUACUGUGCAGGCUCAAACCUUCUACAUAUCUGGGGGUGUCGAGGGUAGCUCGAAUGGCUACUUUGGAGCAGUAAUAUGUGUUCGGUGUUCUGGAAAUGGAUUCUGUGAAUGUGAAAAGUGUCAGGGAAAGAAAAAACUCCUCUUCUUCAACAAACUCCAGAUCAAGUGGACUACUGAUAGAAAUGAAUUGUUGGUGCAGAGAGGCAGUAUGAAGUCAGAGAAGCUCUGGAAGGUCUCUGGAAGGACGAUCUUCGCAAACUCCCAGUCCAAGCUUUCCCCAUUGGUGGAUUUCCCUGACCCUUCAAUAAACCAAGCGUCUAAGCGUUUAAUACAAGAACAUCAAUCCAAGUAUUUCCAGACGUCUCGCAUUCUGCAGCAGCGUCACAUCAUCGAGCUGAUCCCCGUCACCAAGGUGAGCUACACUUGGAAAGAAAAGUCCUACGAUUACAUUGUGUUUGGGAACGAGAACCGCGUGUACACUGACAACUACCCGGCCAAAUGUUGCUGCUCUGUGAUGUAA